AAAAGGGCGUCUGAAGGCGACACCUUUGCUGCAUGUUUACCGGGGCUUUACACUUCUAAUGUGGCGUUUGUAGAUUUUGUAGAUUGAAAACAUGGAUUUUGGGGAUCUGUUUGAUGAGCGAAUGUUUACUUUCUCGGACUUUCAAGAGUUCACGUUCGUCCCUGGACAUCAGAGACUCUCCGAACGGGUCAGGAAGCGUUUGUACUACGGCCUGGAUCAGGAAGCUUCUCUGGAUGCGCUUUCCUGUCCUGUUACAGAUAUCGCAGUGGAGCUGCUGCAGAAAUCGGCCCCGAGCCCAAUACGGAAACUUCGUAAGAAAUACGCCGCCCACGUGGCCCGAGAAGCGUGCAUCUCGCCAUGCGCCAUGAUGCUGGCGCUGGUUUACAUCGAAAGGCUCAGACACCGAAACCCCGAAUACCUGCAGCAGAUCUCGUCCUCCGACCUCUUCCUGAUCUCCAUGAUGGUGGCUAGUAAAUAUCUGUACGACGAAGGCGAGGAGGAGGAGGUCUUCAACGACGAAUGGGGCGCGGCCGGCAAGCUGGACGUCCAGACCGUCAACACCCUGGAGCUGAACUUCCUCAACGCCAUUGACUGGUGCCUGUUUGCUGAGCCCGGUGAAUUCUUCAAGGUGCUCAGCCGACUGGAGAGCAGCGUCGCCGAGCGGCAGGGCACGGAGCGCGGCUGGUACACCUACACCGAUCUGUGUGUGCUGCUGGAGCAGGCCGACUGGAAGCAGGCGCUCGGCGCCAUCUACCAGCACUUCACCAAGGUGACGUGCAUGCUGGGUCUUCUGUACCUGGCGAGCGUGGCCGGGAUCAUCGCGGCCUCGGCCGCCCUCCACCAGCUGGGCCUCCCCGCCUCCGGCCUGGACAACUCGACGCUCGUCCAUCCUCACCGCCCUCGCUGCUGCGUCCCGACCGACCCCGCCGCCGGAAAGCCUCGCCUCCCGGACCCCCACCGGCACCGUUACAGAUCCGACUCCCUCUCUCCUCUCGGUCCCAACCCCGCCUUCGCCUUCUGGAGCUCGGUCCUGUCCACUCUGGUCAGCUGGGACGUCCGGCGGCAGCGGCGGGACCCCGGCGCGGCUCCGUCACCGUGCCGGGCUCAGAACGUCACCGCCGGCUGCCGCCCGUCCUCGUCCGCCUGGUUCGCGUCUCCCGAUCUGCUCGGCCAGUCGCCCUCGGUACCGCGAUCGCCUUUGAAUCCGCUGACGGACACUGCAGUGCCUUAUGGGAAAGCGCCGGCCCUGCUCAUUCCCACUUAGGGGGAUCACGGGCCCCCGAAACUAAUCCGGCUCUUCUCCUUUAUAGAUGUGUAACGUUAGCUUUGAACUUCCGGCGGGAUUUUAUAUUUUUAUCACAAUAUAGCGGCGGCGGGGCGCUAACCGGAACCGAGUGCGGCGUGUGACCGGAGCUACGUGCAAGAUACUUAGAUUUAAAGAUCGGGGGGUCAUGACGGGGCAGUUUAGCCCACAUGGACCCUGACCAUCGACUCCUCACUUCGACCCAUUGAUUUAGAUUCAAUAGGUCUCUAUUAGUGCAGGCAGAGUUGCCAGAUUAGGCAAAAUCCCCCAAUAAUAAUAGUAAUAAUACAGUAAUAAAGGCGCAGUGGUAGCUCAGUCGUUAAGGUACUGGACUAGUAAUCGGAAGGUUGUCGGUUCAAGCCCCACCUUCACCAGUACGCCACUCUUGGGUCCCUGAGCAAUAGCAUAGCAGAACAAAGGUGUCCUGUUAAUGCUGCGAAUGCUGCAGAGAUCCACCAGUCUGGUGAAAAGAUCUCUCAGGAGGCGGAGCUUAGGUCACAUGGACCCUGACCAUCGACUCCUUCCUCACUUGAGCUCUGUGCUCGUCGCAUUUUAUUCUGCGCUCAAGUGGGAAGCUGCGAGUUCUAGAGGUUGCCAGAUUAGGCAAAAUCCACUAAUGCUAAUAGUAAUAAUACAGUAAAUUAGGGGGUACUGGUAGCUCAGUCGUUAAGGUACUGGACUAGUAAUCGGAAGGUUGUCGGUUCAAGCCCCACCACUGCCAAGUUGCCACUCUUGGGCCCCUGAGCAGUAGGACAGCAGGAUGAAGGUGUCUUCCUAAAUCCACCACCGUCUGGUGAAAAGAUCUCUCAGGAGGCGGAGCUUAGGUCACAUGGACCCUGACCAUCGACUCCUCACUUGAGCUCCGUGCUCGUCGCAUUUUAUUCAGUGCAGGCAGUUGCCAGAUUAGGCAAAAUCCCCCAAGAAUAGUAACAAUAGUUAUAAUACAGUAAUAAAGGGGCGGUGGUAGCUCAAGUACUGGACUAGUAAUCGGAAGGUUCUUGGUUCAAGCCCCACCACUGCCAAGUUGCCCCUCUUGGGCCCCUGAGCAAUAGGAUAGCUGGUUAAUGGUGUCCUGUUAAUGCUGUGAAUCCUGCAGAUCUCUCAGGGGGCGGGGGCUUAGCCCACAUGGACCCUGACCAUCGACUCCUCACUUCGACCCAUUGAUUUAGAUUCAAUAGGUCUCUAGAGUGCAGGCAGAGUUGCCAGAUUAGGCAAAAUCCCCCAAUAACAUUAAUAAUAAUAAUAAUAAUAAUACAGUAGUAAAGGGGCAGUGUUGGGGGGAAGGUUGUCUGUUCAAACCCCACCAUUGCCAAGUUGCCACUCUUGGGCCCCUGAGUAAUAGGAUAGCAGGAUAAAGGUAAAAGUAAUAAUAUAUAGAGUAGAAUAGAAUAUCUUUAUAUGUCGUAUAUGCACAUACCCUGACCAUCGACUCCUCACUUGGGCUCUGUGCUGUGAGAAGUGGGAAGCUGCGACCGUCGCUGAUUUAGAUUCAAUAGGUCUCUAGAGUGCAGGCAGAGUUGCCAGAUUAGGCUAAAUCCCCCAAUAAUAUUAAUAAUAAUACAGUAGUAAAGGGGCAGUGUUGGGGGGAAGGUUGUCUGUUCAAACCCCACCAUUGCCAAGUUGCCACUCUUGGGCCCCUGAGUAAUAGGAUGGCAGGAUAAAGGUAAAAGUAAUAAUAUAUAGAGUAGAAUAGUGUACAGUGCAACGAAAUUCUUUCUUCGCAUAUCGAAGCUUAUUUGGAAGCUGGGGUCAGAGUUCAAGGUCCCAACUUGUCUAAAAAUGGCUCAAGGCCCCAACAGUGGCUGCAUGACGGAGCUGGUAUUUGAACUCUCAACCUUUCAAUAAAUAGCCCAAAGCUCUAACCACUAGGCUACCAUCGUCCCAUCGACAUAAUAAUCACCACACGGACGUUCUAUCAGUGCAGCGGUAAAUACAUGAUAAUAAUAGUGCUACUAAAAGCAGAUCGAUAUGAAAGGUCUAUGAUCUUGCAUGUAGUUCCUUUACCAUUGUGCUUCCACGCGUUCCUCCUCGUCCAGGUUAGCUCUCGGGGUUCCGCUGUUUUAAUUUUAUAUGAAAUGUUUGUACAGGAAUAUAUAUCGGCCACCUUCUGACGGGCAAAGGUUUGCAGGAGAAACGAAGAGAGAGGAUUUAUUUAUUCCCUUUGUUUUACUGUUUGCUGAGGAUAUCAUUCAAGUUCUGUUACUUUUGGAAGGAUUAGAUUUUAGUUGCAUGAGGCGUCUUGGAUCGAGUCCCGUCAGCCUGGCCGGGUCGAUAUUACAGCCUGGGGUUCGAGCUCGAGAGCUCCGGGUCUUUAGCGAGUACUGUGAACAUAAUAUUAGUAGUCUCCACUGGGCGGCAUCUAGCGGGCAUGAUUGGCAGUGCCUGCAGCAGAUACUAAUUGGCCACCGUAUCUGCAGGGUGGGGGCCGGACUAUGUGUGGGUGGGUGGGUCUUCAUACGCUGUGUGAGGACCCUGAUUGGCGGAAGAGACGCCUGGGCGAGAGGAGGAGGCGUGUACAGCGACGUGCUCUCCUCGGAUGCAGUCUGGUAUCUGUCAGCAGCGGACGACAAAAUUGAGUCGCUAAAUCGGGAGGGAAAUGGGGAGAAAAUGCAUCAAUAUAUAUAUAUUAGUAAUAGUACAAAUAAAACAUGUAAUUUUGGAGCGCUUGCUGGUCUAAUAUGUCAGCAAACCGCCACUGGGAGCUUGAGUUCUUGAGUUUGAAUACCACUGAUGGUACCGAAGUGGCAGGGAAGGUCAGUUGCCUCUGCAACAGCGACUCCUACUGUCUGGUCAAGGAAUCCACCGCUGGCUGGUGUAAAGAAGCAGGUCUUAGGGCCGCUCAGGUAAAAACACACGCUGGAGCCAGAGCUGGGAUCUGGAAUACAUCGUAUCGAGUCUCGGCUCUGCCUUGCCGGCGGAGGCUGAGCGGCCACAUGAACGACGAUCGGCCUGUUGUUCAGAUACGGGCGGGACUAAGCCGGAUUGGGUCUCUCUCUCUCAUGACUGGUGCGAUUACGACCUCUGCUGGCUGAUUGAUGGCGCCUGCACAGAGAUGAGAAAAGAGUGCUCUCGGGGUGUGUCCCUCCGUACACAACGCUGAGCUGCACGGCACUCGUCAAAGCGAAGGUGAUAAGAUGCGUACGGCUGCUGCGCACGUGUCGGAGGGGGCGUGGGUUAGCUUCGUUCUCCUCAGUCGGAGCGGGGAUCGGCAUCGGUGGAGAGGAAGCGUGACGCAAUCGGGCAAUUGGACGCGCUAAAAGGGAGAAAGUGCAUAAAGAAAAAAAAUAUAUAUAUAUAUAAAAGAAACAUGUUUUAGGAGCUCUAGGAUGUUAGGAUACUCGUGCCUCUUCUUCAGGACCAGAGUGUUUGCCGUGGCUGACGGGACCGGACCAAACCGGGACCAGUACAGAAGCAGUAAUGGUAUCAGAUGUGACGUCAGGGUUGAAAGGUUCUGUUCUGUUAGUUGUUGUUAUUCCUGACACCCACAUUUUGGUUCCUUCCGACAUCAACUGUGAAAUCUCAGCAAGUCGGGCUGGAUCCUGAAACCUCCAGCGUACGGGUUCGAAACCCAUCGAGCGAUUGACCAGCGGCUCGUCGGUCGCUCAUCCUUCCACGGUCGAAGAAUCUAUAAAGAGUUUUAUUAGUCUGAGGAAUCUAGGGUGGUUUGUUUUCUAACGGCUCUCGAUCUGUUGUGUUCAGUUUGGCUUCAGCUUCCUUUUUGUUAACGCCGCUUUCUCCUUCUGAGUUCCAAUGCAUCCCAGUUCAUUUUGUUUUGGUUAACGGACUGGAGGAUCGAAUAAAGGGUUUGACUGGACGCAAAUAUCAAAA